UCGCACCGCACACGCGUGAUAAACAAAAAUCCUUCAACUCGCCGCUGAUGACAUAAGAAAAACCAAAAGUUUCGUUUGCCGUGUUUUUGAGUGAAACUCCCCGCCACUGCCAUCGGAGAAAUGACCUUCCCGGACAAGGAAACCCGUGCCGCGUGUUGGGCCGCCCGGGACGAGUACUGGGCCUGUUUGGAGCAGCACGCGCCCAUGCACAGCUCGACGUCGGGCCAGCCGGAACCGAAGCAGUGCGUAGCGCUCCGGAAACUGUACGAAAAAGGGUGCCCCGGCCAGUGGGUCAAACACUUUGACCGGAAGCGGACGUUCGAGCAGUUUAAGGCAAAAAUGGCAAAAGGAUACGAACCGCUGAACGAGCAGCAGCAGCAAAAGUAGAGUUUCGUGGAUCAAUUAGGACUUGUUUUACUUGUUUAUUUCGCGCGCCCUGUACAGUUAUUAGGAAAUAAAUCAAUAAAUAAAGCUA